AUGAGUGAUCUCAAAGCUGCCCAACGCUUCGUUGAUUAUGUCAACGCCUCCCCAUCACCCUACCAUGCUGUUCACAAUGUCAAGUCAUUGCUAGUGAAGAAGGGAUUUAAGGUGUUGAAGGAGAAGGACUCUUGGGACAUACAACCAGAUUCGAGUUAUGUCGUUACUAGAAAUGGGUCUUCGUUAAUUGCGUUCUCCACUGGUACCGACUACAAACCAGGUAACCCCGUGGCUAUCAUCGGCGCUCACACCGACUCUCCUUGUCUCAGGAUCAAACCAAUUUCCAAGAAGUCCAACCAGGGCUUUAUUGAGAUUGGCGUUGAGACAUAUGGUGGUUUGAUUGCACACUCCUGGUUUGACCGUGACUUGUCCGUUGCCGGUAGGGUGUACAUUCGUGACAACGCCGGUAACUAUGUUCCUAAGUUGUUGCACUUGAACAAGCCAUUAAUGAGAAUUCCAACUUUGGCAAUUCAUUUGAACAGAGAUGCAAAUACCAAGUUCGAGUUCAACCGUGAGACCGAGUUACUUCCAAUUGCUGGUCAAGAGGACUUUGGCCACUCUUGCAAGGACGAUCCGGCAUUGCAAUUUCCAGAGGAAGCUUUCAACGCAGUGAAGCAUGUUGUUGAGCGUCACAACGAGUCUCUUGUUACAUUGAUUGCCAAGGAGUUGGGCGUCGAGCCAAAGCAGAUCGAGGACUUUGAAUUGGUCUUGGGUGAUUACCAACCUGCAACGUUAGGCGGCUUGCAUGACGAAUUCAUCUUUGGUCCACGUCAAGACAACUUGACAUCCUGUUUCGCGGCUGCAGAGGCUCUCGCGGAUGCUCAUCUGGCCAACGAUGGUGUGGCCAUGAUCUCCUUGUUUGACCACGAAGAGAUUGGCUCUGUUUCUGCUCAGGGUGCAGACUCCUCUUUCUUGCCAGACGUUCUCUCUCGCCUUGCUGCAAACGAAAGUGGUGACUUUCCCCGUAUGUGCAACAGAUCGUUUUUGUUGUCUUCUGACCAAGCGCACGGUGUUCAUCCAAACUAUGAAAGAUUUUAUGAGAAAGUGAACAAACCUGAAGUUAACAAGGGCCCUGUUAUCAAGAUCAAUGCCAAUCAAAGGUACGCCACGAACUCGCGUGGUAUCGUGCUUAUCAAGGCUGUUGCCAAUGCUGCACGCGUGCCUUUGCAGUUGUUCGUUGUGAGAAACGACUCGCCGUGUGGCUCCACUAUUGGGCCCAUGCUCUCUGCUAAGUUGGGUAUUAGGACUCUUGAUUUGGGUAACCCACAGUUAUCAAUGCACUCUAUCAGAGAGACUGGUGGCUCUCAUGACAUUGAGCGUUUGACGUCAUUGUUUAAUGGCUUCCUUUCCAACUACGUGAAGGAAGAUGCUAAAAUUGAGUGUGACUAA